GUCUCUUCAGGUACCACCCAUUCAUUCCCCUGCAACAAAGGUACCGCCUAAAGAAAACACACACACACACAACACACAUUACACACACCAAACGCACUUUCUCUGUUUUUCAUCAUUCCUAAAAUGGCUCUGACUAGCACCCAUAGUUCCCUUCUGCCAAACAAGGCCUUAGUCCACCAUCCUCAGCCUUCACCUAAAGCUCCCAUUUUUAUCACCAAACCAUCAUCCAAGCCCACUAUCAGAUCCAUCCAACCCAUCUCAGCCGUCCAAUCAGCCGACAAGUCCCCGAAGACAACCCCACCGUCAGCCACUGUAUCCUCCACCGCUGCUCCGGCUGCAACGCCAGCAGUGAAAGAAACUUCUCCGACAAAAUGGAACCCGGAAAGCUGGAAAACCAAGAAAGCUCUUCAGCUCCCGGAAUACCCGGAUCAAGUGGAGCUAGAAUCGGUUCUCAGGACUCUGGACGCUUUCCCCCCGAUUGUCUUUGCCGGCGAGGCCCGGAGCCUUGAGGAAAAACUUGGUGAGGCUGCACUGGGCAAUGCAUUUUUGCUCCAAGGUGGAGAUUGUGCUGAGAGCUUCAAAGAAUUCAAUGCUAACAAUAUUAGAGACACUUUCAGGAUUCUUCUUCAAAUGGGUGCUGUGUUGAUGUUUGGCGGCCAACUGCCUGUUAUAAAGGUAGGAAGAAUGGCUGGUCAGUUUGCAAAGCCCAGGUCAGAGCCAUUUGAGGAGAAGAAUGGUGUAAAGUUGCCAAGUUACAGGGGGGAUAAUGUGAAUGGAGAUACUUUCGAUGCAAAGUCGAGGGCUCCUGAUCCUCAGAGGAUGAUCAGGGCUUAUUGCCAAGCUGCAGCUACUCUGAAUCUGUUGAGGGCGUUUGCAACUGGAGGAUAUGCAGCUAUGCAGAGGGUUACACAGUGGAACCUGGAUUUCACAGAGCACAGCGAACAAGGUGAUAGAUACCGUGAACUAGCUCACCGUGUAGACGAGGCUCUUGGAUUUAUGGCUGCUGCUGGACUUACAAUUGACCAUCCAAUCAUGACGACCACUGAGUUUUGGACAUCGCAUGAGUGCUUGCUCCUACCAUAUGAACAGUCUCUUACUAGAUUGGAUUCCACAUCUGGCUUGUACUAUGACUGUUCAGCCCAUUUCCUUUGGGCUGGUGAGCGAACCCGGCAGUUGGAUGGUGCUCAUGUUGAGUUCCUGAGAGGAGUUGCUAAUCCACUUGGGAUUAAGGUAAGUGACAAGAUGGAUCCAAAUGAGCUAGUCAAGCUCAUUGAGAUUUUGAAUCCUCAGAACAAGCCAGGAAGGAUCACCAUCAUCACCAGAAUGGGGGCAGAGAACAUGAGAGUGAAGCUUCCUCAUCUGAUUAGAGCUGUCCGAAGGGCAGGGCAAAUUGUAACUUGGGUUAGUGAUCCUAUGCAUGGAAACACCAUCAAAGCUCCUUGUGGUCUAAAGACUCGGCCUUUUGAUUCUAUCAGGGCGGAAGUAAGAGCAUUCUUUGAUGUGCAUGAGCAAGAAGGCAGCCACCCUGGAGGAGUCCAUCUGGAGAUGACUGGCCAAAAUGUGACAGAAUGCAUUGGUGGAUCGCGUACUGUGACCUUUGAUGAUCUAAGCUCGCGCUACCACACACACUGUGAUCCUAGGCUCAAUGCUUCUCAAUCACUUGAACUUGCAUUUAUCAUCGCUGAGCGACUGAGAAAGAGGCGGCUUGGAUCCCAAAAGUCGGUAGCAUUUUAGGUGUUCUAGAAUGAUUUUGAGGGCGUCAAUUCUGUCUGCACCGUUCUGCAUCACAUGUUUCUCUGUAUCAAUUUAUUCAACAUGUUUGUUUCUGUAUUUAUAACUAUAUUAUCAUGUAUUACUCUGUCAAUACUGGUAGAAACUGAUGGUUUGAGAUUUUGAUGAGACAACAAAUAAAGCAAAAACUUUUCUCCCCU